AUGCACUGCCACGCCGAGCUGAGGCUGAGUUCGCCCGGCCAGCUCAAGGCAGCCAGGCGGCGCUACAAGACUUUCAUGAUCGACGAGAUCCUGUCCAAGGAGACCUGCGACUACUUUGAGAAACUCUCGCUCUACUCCGUGUGCCCGUCGCUGGUCGUGCGCCCCAAGCCCCUGCACUCCUGUCCGGGCUCCCCUUCCCUUCGGGCGUACCCCCUCCUCUCGGUGAUCACCCGACAGCCCACGGUCGUCUCCCACCUGAUCCCUGCCACCCCUGGAAUCGCCCAGGCGCUGUCCCGCCGCCCAGCCACCGAGGCUGCGUGUGCCGAGGCCCCAGGGGGCGAGGCUCUGGCCAGCAGCGAGUCGGAGACGGAGCAGCCCACGCCGCGGCAGAAGAAGCCCCGCCGCAGCCGCACCAUCUUCACCGAGCUGCAGCUCAUGGGCCUGGAGAAGAAAUUCCAGAAGCAGAAGUACUUGUCCACCCCAGACAGGUUGGACCUGGCACAGUCUCUGGGACUCACUCAGCUGCAGGUGAAGACUUGGUAUCAGAAUCGCAGGAUGAAAUGGAAGAAAAUGGUUCUUAAAGGUGGACAGGAAGCCCCCACAAAACCUAAAGGUCGUCCCAAGAAGAACUCCAUCCCCACGUCGGAAGAAAUUGAGGCUGAGGAGAAGCUAAACAGCCAGGCCCAGAGCCAGGAGCCUGUGGAGCCCUCGCGGGCACAGGAGGAGCCCUGUGAGGUGCGGGAACCCGAAGCCUGCAGUGUCCCCUUGGAGGUGGCAGAGCGGCCAGGCCAGCCCCAGGAGGUGCCAGUAGUCUCUUCGGAACCCCCACCGUUAAGCUAA